AUGGAGGUGGACGCCAACAUCGACCCGUUCGAUGAUCCGUCGGCCGGGUCCGAUCGCCGGCAGUACUGCUGCUGCUUCCCCUUCUCGAGCCCCUGGGAGCGGAUCCAGGCGCCGGCGCCCGCCGAGGGAGGGGACGAGCGUCGCCGGUGGUGGAGCGGCGCGGGGUUGAGGGCGCUGAUGAUGAAGGGGAGGGAGUGGUCGGAGCUGGUGGCCGGGCCGAGGUGGAAGACAUUCCUCCGGCGGUUCGGGCGGAACCCUAACAGGGGGAGGGCAGCGGGGGGGCUGGCGAGGUUCCAGUACGACCCGUUGAGCUACGCCCUCAACUUCGACGAGGGCCAGGGCGGCGACAGCCCCGAGGGGGGAUACGACGACCACCGCGACUACUCUGCCCGCUUCGCUGCACCGGCCCCGCCGCCGCCAGCCGCCAGCGGGCGCUGA